CGGAUUAUGAACCACAAAUAUCUCUUUAAAAUAAUGUCUACUCUUCCUCCACAGUAUCCCAUGUAUUCCAGGGACUACGUGUAUGUCCGACGCUAUGAGGUCAACUUGGAAAGCAACUUAAUGAUCCUCGUGUCUAGAGCCGUGCAGCACCCCCGUGUUCCCGAGUCUCAGGAUUAUGUGAGAGUUCACUCUUAUCAAUCCAAGAUGGUCAUCCGUCCUCACAAGUCCUUCGAUGAGAAUGGAUUUGACUACUUGCUCACGUACAGUGACGACCCUCAGACCGCCUUCCCUCGUUACUGUGUCAGCUGGAUGGUGUCAAGUGGUGAGCAUCUUAUCUCGCAUCUGUUGUGUUGAUGGUAUAAAAGUGUCAUUAAAAAAAA